AUCAUUAAUUCAGAAAACGGAAUUCGCUACCUCCUUCCCCUUCCUCCCCGAUCGUCUCCCGAUCUUGAUCUCACCGUCAUCGCCGAUCUACAUGGAGGCCGCUGCCGGCGGAGGAGGAACGCUGUCGGAACUCUAUCAGAAUGCGCGGCGGCUUCUACUUCGGACGAGGGAUGCUUUAGUAAAGCUUGAGAGGCUAGACUCUUCUUCGUUCUCCUCCUCUUCCUCCUAUACCUCACAGUUGUCGUCUUCCGCAACGUCGGCUGGUGUUGGGCUGGACCCUGCCGAGUUGUCCCUUUCGAUCAGGAGGGAUGUCACCCAAGUCCAGUCCCUCUGCGCCGAGAUGGACCGUCUUUCGCGCUCUAUCGGAGCCAAGGGCCAACGCGAGCUCUGGAAAAGAAAAGUAGAACAUGUAGCAGAAGAGGCGAACUCGCUUAGAGAAAGUUUGGACAAGCAUGCACUGAAGCAGCAAAAAAAGAUUCAGGAGGCAAAGGAGAGGGCGGACUUAUUAGGAAGAGCAAAUGGCGAAUCGGAACAUUUCCUGAGGAUUUUUGAUGAAGAAGCUCAAGCAAUGCAGUCAGCUCGCAAUUCGCACAUGAUGCUAGAUGAAGCAUAUGCCACUGGAGUAGCUGUCCUUUCAAAAUAUGCUGAGCAGAGAGAUCGCCUAAAGAGAGCACAAAGAAAAGCCCUGGAUGUACUCAACACUGUUGGACUCUCUAACUCUGUAUUGAAACUCAUCGAGAGGCGUCAUCGUGUCGACAAGUGGAUUGCAUAUGGCGGCAUGAUGAUCACAGUUGUCGUAAUGUACAUGUUCUGGAGGUGGACCCAUUAAUUUUUUCGCAGCCGGCCCCUGGUAUAUUUGAAUUAAAGCGGCUCUUUGUUGAAUCGCAUGCCUUGUGUCAAGUUCAAUGCAGCCAACCUCCACAUUAAGCAUCUAUAUUUGUCUCACUUUUGGAUCUUUUCUGGCUUAUUAGCUAUUAAUGUUUUGGUUGCUCCAAUUUGUAAUUUGAUCAGAAAAAUCAUAGAAAGUGAUAUUAAAAAAGAGUUGAGAAAUACAAAAUGUGUUAAGAAAAGAGAUGAGGAUGAAACAUAUAGUUUUAGGUUGAUCAUUUUAUCUGAUUUUUUCAACAAAACCUGUUGUUUUAAUACAUUUCCUUUUAAUGGGCGUGCAUACUCUUA